AGCAAGAAGCCAGACACGAUACAAAACCCUCGUGUCUGGGAAGUGGGAAGUGCAACCAACAGCGUACCACCUGGGCUGUGUUAUUCUCCCCUUUGUCUCCGUAACCAUCAUUUUUUAAAACCCAAAUCAGCGAAUCAACCUUCCUUUUUCUAAUUUUAUGUUCACAACAACAACAGUCUCUGUGUCACCAAUGAUUCACAAUUCUGGUCACACAGUUUAAGUUGCAUUUCUCAAAGCAAAGUGUGGAUUCUGGUAACUACAAGUACAAAGGGCUUCAUUUGUGUGCUAGUUAUGCUUGUUAUAUUAAUUUUUUAUGAUGUUUCGUUGGUUAUUUGGCACUGCAAGAAAUUGUGGUUUCAUUCAUGGUUGUCAAAAAGGAUACAUUUACCAGCAGAAGUUUAGUCUGGUGAACAUAAAGUUGAAAUGGGCGAAAGAUAGAACAUUGGAUGCUGUUGUUGCUGGUCAGAGGGAUCUUAAGGCAGCUGGGUUCCUUGUUUCGAUUAUUUACUCUUCUUCUGAAUGCUGCCUUCCCAUAUACCAUCUUUCUCACCAUCGUGGACAACUUGGUCUUCCCCAUGACCUUAAGCUCUCAGCCUUUAUCAGAAGAUAUCCUAAUAUUUUUGUUGAGUCCUAUUUUUUUGAUAGUGGAGGCUCUCCUGUUCCGUGUUACAGCUUGAGUCCUGAAGCCUUGAAGCUCCACCAUGAGCAAGUCAACAUCCUUCAGCAAAAUCAGUUGGAACUCAGGGACAGGUUAUGCAAAUUGCUUAUGCUCACAAGAGAUAGGAUCCUUCCUCUGCAAACCAUUGACCAAUUAAAAUGGGACUUGGGUUUACCAUAUGAUUACCAGCAUUCUUUUGUUCUGGAUUACCCUGAAAUGUUCUCUUUUGUUCGCCUCCCUGAUGAUCGUGUUGGCUUGAAAUUGUUAUUUUGGGAUGACAAGCUUGCCAUAUCAGAGUUACAGAAGAAUAGUUCUCUACAACAAAAGGAAGAAGAUAUAAACAAUGAAACCUUAGCAUUUCCAAUUAGUUUCACCCGAGGUUUUGGUUUGAAAAGAAAAUGCAUGGAGUGGUUGAAAGAGUGGCAGAAACUCCCCUAUACUUCGCCUUACAUCAAUGCCUCUCAUUUGGAUUCCCGUACUGAUGUAUCUGAGAAGAGGAUAGUUGGAGUCUUUCAUGAGCUUCUUCACCUUACACUUCACAAGCAAACUGAGCGUAAGAAUGUCAGCAACUUGCGUAGCCCCUUCGCCCUACCUCAGAAGUUCACUAAAGUAUUUGAGCGCCAUCCUGGUAUUUUUUACAUUUCCAAGAAGAGUGACACUCAAACAGUUGUUCUUAGGGAGGCCUACAAUGGCCAGGAACUCCUGCAGAAUCAUCCCCUUGUAAAAAUUAGAGAGGAAUUUGCAAGCCUACUGAAGAAAGGACUACUUGAUAGGAGUAGGGGUGUACACCAAAAAAGCACAGAUGCUAAUUUGGUGGGGGGUGAGAAAGGAAGUUUGCAUCACUCAAAAAUCUAACCAGCUUAAUUCUAAGGAUAAAUCAGAUCCCAUAUUUUCUGAAUAUGAUUCAGAUGGCCCUCUACAUAACCCUUGCUGAUAUAUGUUAAUGUGGUUUUGCUCUUUGCCAUUAUGUUAAUGUGAUUUGGCUUGGUGAGAUUCUUGAAAUCUGCCCUUGAUGGGAUGCUUGUAUUUUACCGUUCACCAACCUUGUCACCUGUGAAGAACUGUUAAUAACCAAACAUAUCAGCAGUGCCAGCUCAAUAUCGUCAGAAGAUUAGUGACAUGGGAAAGAUAGACACGGGUACAGCCACAAUUGAAUUUCACUUCAAGAAAAUUUUGUUCCAAAAUCUCUUAAAAUCUUUAUGAGAAUGAAAAAUCUGUUUUAAAAAUUAUGAGCAUCCUUUUGCAAACUGAGAUACUUUUUCAGGGAUUUGAGAGAGGUAAUUUUGACUUCUUCUUUUUUUUCUCUU